GCAGUGAGUUACUGGUCUGAUUCACUCCCCUCAAUCUGGUGCAUCUGUCCUGGCAGUCGGGUGUCUCCCGUGUCCGUCAGUCCGGUGUGCUGCGGGCUGGGAGCAGGGGAGGUGAGCGCUGCCGCUGCCUGCGCUGUCUCAGCUCUGUGCCCAGCUCACCACCCUCAGCCGUGCAGCUGCAUGAUCAGCACUUGCUGAUCAACUCCUGGCUUUCAAGGUUAAAAGAGAAAGGUAAAGAAUUAAAAAUUGGUGUGCUGCUUUAAAGGAACACCACGCAUCUGGCAAAAUUUUGAGAAGGCUCAAGGCGUUAAAGAAAGCUCAUCUAAAUAAAGGAGGGUUAACGUGACAUUGCAGUUACUUAAUCCUGUAUUGUCCUGCCAUGUGACUGCAGGGAUACUGAGGCGCAGCAUUUCUUUUGCCUGGUGCACAGAUUAUGCUUUUCCUGUCAUCUUCCAGAAUCAGUUGCUUUGUUGAACACAUAAUGGGAAAGAACAGAGGGACAGCGUACUUUUUGCAGCAAGGCUUCCACACACAGUGACAUUCCCAAGGUACGGUGACAAGCUCACAGGCUGAAGAAUGAAUCAAAGGCAAUCCCUACAGUCAGUUUUUGGACUUUUACCAGAAUCAAGGAGAACUGCGCUCUUAAGGGUCCAUAAUGUGCAGGAUUGCAUACUCAUACAGAAUUACUUCAUUUAAACUUAUCAGGACUUCGUGUUAAAUGGGGAAGUGAUUACCCUAUAGACUAUGACAACAGGGUAUGUGAAUGAAGGAAGUCUUGGAAAAUACCGCUGUUCCAGGUGGGAUCACGAGGACAGCAGAGAAGAUGAUGGGCAGCUGGAGUACCAUGAAGGAGAUGAAGAGGGCAAACAGCCCAGGCUGACCCCAUUUGAGAAACUAAUGCAGGAUAUGUCUCAUAAUGAAAAAGUGGUGAAAGAAUUAACGCUGGGAAAGAGAAUUGCCUUCUAUCGAGUCAGAGGAGAAAUAGGAAGUGGGAAUUUCUCACAAGUGAAGCUUGGAAUUCAUUCCCUCACCAAAGAGAAAGUUGCAAUUAAGAUUUUGGACAAGACAAAGCUAGACCGGAAGACUCAACGUUUGCUGUCUCGUGAGAUAUCCAGCAUGGAAAAGCUGCACCACCCAAAUAUCAUCAGGCUGUAUGAAGUGGUGGAGACACUCUCAAAACUGCACCUGGUGAUGGAGUAUGCAGGAGGUGGGGAGCUCUUCACUAAAAUCAGUACAGAAGGAAAGCUGCUAGAAACAGAGUGUAAAAUAAUCUUCUCACAGAUUGUGUCUGCUGUGAAGCACAUGCAUGACAAUAAUAUCAUUCACCGGGACCUGAAAGCAGAAAAUGUCUUCUACGCCAGUAACACCUGUGUUAAGGUGGGAGACUUUGGAUUCAGCACAAUAAGUAAAAGAGAUGAAACGUUAAAAACUUUUUGUGGCUCUCCUCCUUACGCUGCUCCUGAACUCUUCAGAGAUGAAAACUAUAUUGGCAUCUAUGUAGACAUCUGGGCACUGGGAAUCCUCUUAUACUUCAUGAUGACAGGUAGCAUGCCAUUCCGGGCAGAUACAGUAGGCAAACUGAAAAAGUGCAUUCUUGAAGGGACAUACACUUUGCCUCCCUGCCUCUCAGAAAAUUGCCAGAAACUGAUAAGAGGAGUCCUUCAGCCAGUACCAACCAAGAGAUACUCUGUCAAACUGAUUAUGAACAGUGAAUGGAUGCAAGGAAUACAGUUCCCCAAACCUUUACAGACAUUUAAACUGGAUCCAAAAUAUUUAUCAGACACCGGUACACUAAAAGAAGAAGAAAUUGAAGUGAAAAAUAUUCUGGAAGAUCUGGGAAUCACAGAACAGCACAUUCAGAACAACCGGGGAAGAGAUGCACGCAGCUCCGUAACAGGGGUCUACAGAAUUGUGUUGCACAGAGUACAGAAGAAAAGGGCACUCGAAUCUGUUCCUAUCAUGUCCCAGCCAGAUCCAACAGAAGACGACUCAAGGAACGGCAUGACUUCUUACAGUGGCAUUAAACACACAUCCAAGCUGUGUUCUAUUUUAUAAAAUUGCACUGCAGGCUUUAUGCUCAGCACAUUUGACAAAGGGGAUUAUUCACUUAUCCUUAAGCUGUAGUGUUACGUUUUUUUGUAAUUUUUGAA